AUGUCAGCCCUUCAUGCAUAUCUAGAUCAACAAGUUCUCACCCUAACACAAGAUGGAAGAGUGAUCAUCGGAAAGCUGAUAGGUGUGGAUGGAGUGGGAAGUGUGAUUUUGAGCGGAUGUGUGGAGAGAAUAUUCAGUGCAGAUGCACCGGUUGAAGAAGUUCCAUUGGGUUUGUAUCUUGUCAGAGGGGAUGCUAUAUCAAUGAUUGGAGAUAUAGAUACAGAAAUCGACAAAGCACAAGAUCUCAAUACUGUUCGAGCAGAUCCGAUUCCGGAUGUUCGGCAUUAUUGA